AUGGAGGCAACAAAGCAUCGAGGCUAUGAGAAAGCACAGCGGGGCAGCAACUACCCGCAGAGAAGCACCAAAGCAUCCGCGAAGCUGAGAGGGCUCCCAAAAGACAGCUUGGAAGUCCGUCAGGCCAAGACUGUGACUUGGAUUCUCCGACACGCAGCAGAGUCAGAGGAGCUAGAAUUACGCCCCGAUGGCUACGCUCGAGUGCAUGAUUUAUUGGAUAGACCGAAGUUAAAAAACCUGACUUUUGAGGCACUUCAGGACAUGGUACAAAAGGACAAGAAAACCCGCUGUUCCCUGAUUCAGGAGCCUGAUCCCAAGAGCGACUCGUCAGAACCAAUCUGGUGGAUUGGGGCGAAUCAAGGACACUCGAUGAAGGCGAUCAAACUUGAUCUGCAGCCUAUUCGCAAUGUUUCGGACAUACCUACGGGCCUUGCUGUGCAUGGCACUAACACAGCGGCUUGGGAGCUGAUCAAAACACAAGGCCUCAAGAAAAUGAGUAGAAACCACAUCCACAUGGCUCAAAGUGCCCCUGGGCCAGGCGUCAUCAGUACUGGGCGCAAUUUCGCCACUAUCCUGAUUUACAUCGACGUCCAGAAAGCACUCGGUGCUGGCGUACAAUUUUUCCUCUCAAAUAACGGCGUCGUACUCACGGAGGGCGAUGGCUUCGGCUCCUUGCAACCUGAAUUCUUCCAGCGAGUAACGGACGGAAAAGGGAAAGAGCUGACAGGCUGGAGGUCUGAGCGACCUCUGGACUCCAGAACAGCGGGCCAGCCGGUUGCGAUUAUUCAAGCCGGGGAGUCUACGUUCGCGGCGGAGAUUUCUGGUGAAGACAGCAAUGCGGCGUCGUCUGCAGACGCAGCUAUUUUGGACGUACAAGAGGAGAUAGAAAAACUGUCGCUGUGA